CUCAAACAUGAUAAAGGUCUCUAAAGCAGCGAAGCAUCAUAGGACAAUUAUCGCGGACACCUCCAUUCACAAACUCUCUUGCAAAUAGAUAAAAAAAACUAACACGGUAACUUUUUCAAAUCUACAACAGAAAUAAGCAAAAAUGAGUUACAAUCAGAUCAGAAAAUUUGACGAAUCGUUGGAACGUAUGCAAGAAACAUCAGCUUCUUGCGACAAAUGCUUCUGUCACCUCAUCGCAACGCCAGAAGACGAGAGAAGGAACCUUGGAACUUCUUUCAAGCAGGCUUUCACGUCUUACAACCCUGGGAAGAAGAGGAGGAAUGUUGGAGGACGACGAGGGGUUGAUAUUCCUUUGGUUUUCGCCAAGGGAGAACAGGGUGUCUACUCCACCAAAGAAGUGGUAAAACGCAAGUCCUCAUACGGUGGAUGCGGUUGUUGCGAUAGAGAGAAGUUGAUACAGAAACAUUCCUACGCGAAUAUACAUCUUACUACGCCUGAACUCGCUCCUCUUUGCCCGUGCCCCACUGAUGGUUUUGCCGAAAAACCGAAGCCACUGAACAACAUAAAGGUGACCAUUGAAAAAGUUACCCUCGACCCGGACAGCGAGAACUCAGAGACAAGCCUCCUAAACCAUAGACUACAGAGAAAUGUCAGAGAGCCAAAAAUGUCAGAAAAGAAAUCGGUCACAAGUCUUAUAGACGCUCAGUAUGAAAGAGAUGAAGAUAAUCUUUUUGAUAGAUGAGUAGAUUUUAGCUUAGAGAAUGCCCUAGGCAAGCACAACCACCUCAUUGGCGCAUCUAAUUUCAUUUGUCGCCGCCGUCACCAGCUGUAACCUCUGUAACCAGCAGCUGUAGCCAAAUGCCAUAUAACGCUUGUCUACAUGUAGAAUAGAAAACCAAAUUAU